CAAGCCACUGCCGAGCGCGACGAUGCACCGUCUGGUCUGGUGCUUGCUGCUGCUGGCGGCAGUGGCCGCCGCCCUCGAGUGUCCGCUGCCGGGCGGGCCCGACUCGGCCGACCAGGCCGCCUGCCAGCGGUACUCGGCCUGCGUCUGGGAGGACGGCCGGUGCCGGCUUGGCGCGGGCACCGGCUACAAGGUGGAGGAGCCGGCGCACGUGAUCCGCACGGGGUACGAGGCGCUGCUCAGCCGCAAGGAGAACGUCACCAUGUUCGGGGCUGAUGUGGAGCGGCUCCGCGUGACGGUCGCUGAGUACGACGACAACAGGAUGGGUCUGGCGUACCGUGACGCGGACGCCGAGCGGUACGAGGUGCCGGUGGUGCUGGACGUGCCCCCGCUGCCGACUGAGGCGCCGCGCCAGCCCCAGUACGCCGUCAACAUGAGCUCGCGCGCCGGCGAGCCGUUCGCCGUCCAGGUGACGCACCGCGGCCGGCCCGUGCUCACCUCACAGCCUGAGCUCCUCUACAGCGACCAGUUCAUCGAGGCCACCUUCCUGCUGGGCGCCGCCGACCUGUACGGCUUCGGCGAGAACAACCACGACAGCCUGCGCCACGACCUGGCGGCCGGCGUGACCUGGCCGCUGUUCGCGCAUGACCACGGGCCCGGCGACGACACGGAGAACCUGUACGGCGUGCAUCCGUUCUUCUUGGGCAUCGAGGAUGACACGGGCCGCAGCUUCGGCGUGCUGAUCCUGAACAGCAACGCGAUGGAGUACAAGCUGUUCCUGCUGGACGGCGCGCCGGCGCUGACGUACCGGACGACAGGCGGCAUCCUGGACAUGUACCUGUUCUUCGGCGAGACGCCGCUGGAAGUGCUGCAUCACUACCACCGCACCAUCGGCCUGCCCGUGAUGCCGCCCUACUGGGGGCUCGGCUUUCAGCUGUGCCGCUGGGGCUACAAGAACGUGCAGGAGAUCCGUGACACGCGCGCGCGCAUGAAGGCGGCGCAGAUCCCACAGGACGUGCAGUACUCGGACAUCGACUACAUGGACGGCAAGCGCGACUUCACCAUCGACGCGGACCACUUCGGCGAGCUGCCGGCGCUCGUCAAGCAGCUGCGCGAGGAGGAGGGCGUGCGCUUCAUGCUCAUCUACGACCCGACUAUCGCCGCCGACUUUGGCGUGUACCCGCCCGUCGACCGCGGCGUGCAGCAGGACGUGUUUAUCAAGUGGCUGAACGCGUCGCUGGUGCCGGACGAUCAGUGCGCCGGCUGUGGCGACUACGUGGCGGCGCACGUCUGGCCACAGAGCCCAACGCUCUACCCCAACUUCCUGGCCAACCGCACGGUGCAGUGGUGGACGGACGAGAUCCGCCGGUUCCGCGCGGCCGCCGGCGCGCCGGACGGCUUCUGGAUCGACAUGAACGAGCCGUCCGCCUUUGACACGAACAUCGGUCGCGUCAGCCACAACUCGCUGCGCGGGGGCCUGCAGUGCCCGCGCACGGCGCUCGACUUCCCGCCGUACCCCACCAAGUUCGUGCGCACGGCGCCCAACCCCAGCCGCACGCUCGCCGACCACACCAUCUGCAUGGCGAGCGUGCAGGACGCAGACCUGGGCGGCGCGGCGCGGGACUACCUCCACUACGACGUGCACAGCCUGUACGGCUGGAGCGAGGCGCGCGCCACGCGUGCGGCCGUCGAGGCGACGAUGGCCGGCCGGCGCAGCCUGAUCGUUGGCCGAAGCACGUUCGUCGGCGCCGGCCGCUGGGCCACCCACUGGACGGGCGACAACACGGCCCGCUGGAAAGACAUGAAGCGUUCCGUGGUCGGCAUCCUCGAGUUCAGCAUGUUCGGGAUGCCGCACGUCGGCGCCGACAUCUGCGGCUUCAAUGGCGCCACCACCGAACAGCUGUGCCUGCGCUGGACGCAGCUAGGCGCGUUCUAUCCGUUCAGCCGGAACCACAACACGGCCGGCGCGCCGGCACAGGACCCGGCCGUCUGGCCGUCGGUGGCUGCGGCGGCGCGCGACGCGCUCGGUCUGCGUUACCGCCUGCUGCCCUACCUAUACACGCUGUUCUGGCGCGCCGCCGAGAUGGGCGAGACGGUGACGCGGCCGCUGGCGUUCCAGUUCCCGCGCGACGCGGUGCUGCGCGGCGUCGACACACAGUUCCUGUGGGGCGACGCCGUCAUGGUGGCGCCCGUGCUGCAAGAGGACAGCAUGACGGCCGUCAGCGUCACCUUCCCGGCCGGCUCGUGGUUCGACCUUCGUGACGGCGGUCUCGCCUACGGUGACGCUACGCGAUCCGGUACGGUCCACUACGACGUCGGCAUGGACGAGAUGAUCCCGGUGUUCGGCCGAGCCGGCGCCAUCUUGCCGAUGCAGCAGAACGAGACGACCACGGCCGCCAGUCGAGCCAACCCGUUCUCGCUGGCCGUGUUCGGUGAUGACGCGCACGGCAUGAUGUUCUGGGACGACGGCGAGACCACCGGGACGUUCAAGAGCGGCCAGUUCUACCACGCCAUCUUCCAGUUCAAGAAUGGCACACUCGAAUACGAGGUGACGUUUCCCAACACCCAGUGGAUGAAGCAACCAUACAUCGCGGAGAUUAGCUUCUACGGCGUGUCGGCAGCACCCUCUGUUGUGAUGGCCGAUGACAGCACGGUCGACCCCUCCAACGUCAUCUACAACAGCGACAACGGCCUGCUGACUGUGCGAACAAAGCUGGACAUGGCUCACAGUCAUCACGUUCACCUGGAAGCCUGAAACGUUUAUCAGUUAUGCUUGAUUAUUGCGAAACCGACGCUCUAUCCCAAGCAGUUCAGCCGCUUGGUUUGCAAACGCCCGUCGACGUUGUACUAAAUGCUGCGUGCUGCAGGCCGCAGGAUGUUUGCCCAAUAAAUGAAGGUAUUGCUCAAUCA